AUAGUGUUUUUGGCCAAAAAAGACCAGGAAAAAUAAUACAAAAGUUAUAAUGUCUAAAGAUACAAGUCCCAAGGAGGCCAUUAUUAAGACCGCCUAUGCGGAUGUUAAUAAAUUUGGCCAAAAUGGUGAUUUUGAUAAAGCCAUGAAAGCUGUCAAUCGCAUUCUCGGUGUGGCACCCGAUGACACGACAGCUUUACAUUGCAAAGUUAUAUGCUUGAUUCAACUUUCAAAGUUUGAAGAAGCUGCUAAAUUUAUUGAGAAAAAUAAAUUGGCUUCCCUUGUUUUUGAGAAGGCCUAUUGUGAAUAUCGCCUUAAUAAACCCGAGAAUGCUUUAAAAAUUAUCGAUGAGGCCCAUUUGCCCUCACUGCCACCCAAUCUUAAGGAAUUGAAAACUCAAGUUUUAUAUCGCUUGGAACGUUAUGAGGAAUGUUUUGAAUCCUACAAAGAAAUCAUUAAAAAUACCAGUGAUGAUUACGAGGACGAAAGACGCACUAAUCUAAGUGCCGUAGCUGCCAAUUUGGCGCUUGACCAAGCAAAGGAAAUACCAGCAAUUCCUGAAGAAACCUAUGAGCAACAUUUCAAUGGCUCUUGCAUUCUAUCAAACCGCCAAAAGUAUGCCGACGCAGAAAAGAAAUUGCGUAACAGUGAGAAAUUGUGUCGUGAGACUUUGGAAGAGGAUGGUGCCACUGAGGAUGAAAUUAGAGAAGAAUUGGAUAUAAUUCGUGUUCAAGUGGCUUACUGCAUGCAAAUGCAGGGUAAGACAAAAGAGGCAGCUGCUAUUUAUGCUGAAGUCUUAAAGAAUAAACCUAAAGAUCCGGCUCUAAUUGCUGUGGCUAGUAAUAAUUCGGUGGUGAUUAAUAAGGAUCAACAUGUCUUUGAUUCUAAGAAAAAGAUACGCUCGGCCAUGGCUGAUGCUUGCGAAUAUAAAUUGACUUCUCGCCAAAAGAAGGCUAUUGCUUUGAACAAUUGUCUCUUGGCAUUAUUCACCAAUGCCAGUGAUCAGGUGCAACAAUUCGGCACUAAACUGGCUCAUCAAUAUCCCGAUUUGGUAUUCCAAUCUUUAUUGAUAAAAGCUUCACAAUUGUCCAAGGAUAAGAAACAUAAGGAAGCCGUGGAGUUAUUGCAAAAAUUCGCUACCUCUACAGCCAAUAAAGAUCAAGCAUUUGCUGCAAAGUUUGCUAUUGUUCAGUUGCUACUGUCACAAGGCGCUCGCAAAGAAGCUGCUGAUGUUUUGUUAUCAUUAGGCGAAUCUAAAUACAAACCCGGUGUAGUGUCUGCUUUGGUCAGCCUCUACUUGGGUUUGAAUAACAAACCUGCGGCCUCAGAAUUGUUGAAAACUGCCGUAGAUUGGUACAAGAAAAACAAUGUUAGCAGUGCCGAUUUGUCUGACAUGUGGCGUCAAGCUGCCGAGUUUCAUUUGCGUGGCGGUGCCACUGAAACUGCGGCCAGCUCUCUGGAAGAGUUGCUCAAACUGAAACCAAACGACAUGAAAGUUUUGGCACAAUUAGUCAUUGCAUAUGCCCAAUUUAAUCCAAAGAAAGCUUUGGAAGUUAGUAGAAAAUUGCCCAAAUUGGAAACUCUUACCACAGCUUCUGAAAUUGAUGCUUUAGAAGCAGCCAAUUGGGUCAUGUCUACUAAGGCCGCUAAGAAAUCGGCCAAUGCUAAAAUCGAGCAAUCACCUGGCACUCCAGCGGCUGAACGCAAAAAGAAUCGUAAACGCAAGCGCAAGGGUAAGUUGCCCAAAAACUAUAACGCUGAAGUAGCACCAGAUCCAGAAAGAUGGUUGCCCAAAUAUGAGCGUACUGGUUUCCGCAAGAAGCGUGAUCGCCGAGCUAAGGACAUCAUCAAGGGCUCACAGGGUAUGUCCACUCAAGCAGCCGAACAAUACGACAUGUCCAAUCGUGCUAACUUGGGUAAAAAUUCUCCCGCUACUCCUGUUUAUCAGGAGCCUACCCCUGGUCCUCGUCAACAACACCGCAAAGGAGGUCAUAAGAAGAAGAAGGGUGGCCGUUUCUAAACAAAUGCAUUUCUAUAUUAUGCUGUGGAACAUAUUCCCACUAACCACUUGUUUUUAUUUUACUACUUUUUUAUAACUAAAGUAUGCAAAAAAUAAGAGUUUCUUAACAUAUUAAAGAUAUAACUUGUUUUAAUAAAUGUGAGAAAUAUUCACUAUUCGUCAUCAUCGUC